ACGAAGUAGAUGAAGGGUUCUAGAUCAAGCUUCCGCUGUUUAAAGCCGACUGCUCCCUUGUCCUGUUCCAUCGGUUUUUUUUAAUUCUUAUUUUUGUUUUUGUUUUUAUUUUUUUCUCCGUUGAUUGUUGUUAUUGACAGGGGACGCCAAGGAAAGAGAAGGGAAGAAAAAAGGUUGCGACAUUGAGAGGAAGGUUUUAAUACUAAUAAUACCUAAUCGUCACCCCCGCGACAUCCGCCAAACAUCCCCGCGAUGGUGACAUUACGGCUCCUGGCGGUGGCGCUUGCCGCAUGGCUGGCAGCGGCGGCGGCGGACGACGGCCAACGGCACCUGCAGCACCUGCAACAACUGCAGCGAGAACGGCGAAACGACCUCGAGGCCCGACAGGCGAUCGUGUCGACGAGCUGCCACGACUACCAGCUCUUCAUCGCGCGCGGCAGCGACGAGCCGUACCCGGGGCGGGCGGCGACGCUGAUCCGCGACGUGUGCGGCAAGCUCACCAAGGACGGCAAGGUGACGUGCGGCUACGAGGACAUUGUGUUCAACGCCAACGUCAGCACGGCGCCGGCGCCGGCGUACUGCGUCUCGACGGCCGAGGGCUCGGCCAACGGGCAGCAGCAGAUGAAGACGUACGCGGGCAGGUGCAAGGAUUCCAACCUUAUUCUGGUCGGGUACUCGCAGGGUGGGAUUGUUGCGCAGGAUGUGAUGGGUGGUGGUGGUGGACCCCUUUUCGAGUGCGACCAGGCCACCAACGGCCCAUUAAAAAAGACGGAGUCGCCCGGAUCACAAAUCGUCGCAGCCCUCACCUUUGGCUCCUUCCGCCACACGCCGAACCAACCCUUCAGCUUCGGGCCGGGGGCCAACUUCCCCGGCGUGCGGCCGCGCGAGGGCGACCAGCUCAAGAACCUCAAGGUGUACGAGGAUCGGUACCGGGACUGGUGCAACUCCAACGACCCGAUCUGCGCGGUCGGCGACAAGCCCAUCAUCGUGGCGAACCACCUCAACUACUUUCAGGUCUUUGGCGAGGAGGCAGCCACCUGGCUGGCCGAGACUGCGGUUAAGAACAGCAAGCAAAAGAGCGGCGGUGGCGGUGAUGAUGGCGGUGCGUCAAAGCCGUCGUCUGCGGUGGACAAGCCGACCGCUUCGUCUCCCGGCCAGUCCCUGCCUGCCGAGACGGCGUCCUCGACCGGCCAGCCUGGCUCGGGGACGACGCCGAGCGCCGGCGCGCAAAAGGAUGGCGGCGGUGGACAAAAGGACGGCGGGCAGGAUAAGCCCGAGGAAAAGUCCAGCGCGGGGAGGAGUAUGGCCGAGCCAGUGUUGGUUUCGGCGCUCUGCGUGCUUGUGACGUUUGCCGUGUCUUUGUAGGGUGUUUUUGCAGGAUGUUUUGUUUUUAUUGGAGUUCUGAGCGUGUUGUUGUUUAUAUCAAUUUUUAAUGACAUUUCUUUCGAUGUUAUAGUUUCUUGUUUUGUUCUAGGUUCUAGUUCUAGAACUAGUCGGGUUGUGUCAUCCGAUCCUGCCCCUGACGCAGCCUAUUCUUUUUUUACUCGGAGCUAAAGUUGGCUCACUCCUCAGAUCCGAAUCGGGCAGUUUUAUGUUCUUUGUUUACUAC